AUGGCUGUCACUUGGGACUUGCGGGAUACAUUGAACAUCAAUCCGGAGCUUGAUUCUUUUACUUGCGUAAUUGAUCAGGACUCCGUUGAUUACGGAUGCCAAAAUUUGGUUGAUUUGGAGGAUCGCGAAGCAAUGGUUUCCAUUCUCGACGCGAUGAAUAUGUCGAUGGACCAUGCAACAGUAUCGAAGCAUAUUGAGGAAUUAGCAAGUCGAGCUCGUUGCAAGGCUCACCAAGACAACACUUCGGAUCAGCACCCUUCGCAACUGGAUUGUCUUUCGGCAGAAUGGAUACUACUCUUCCAAGAAAGGUGGUUAGCAAGCAGCAGAGAAAAUUCAAGGAAGGCUGCAGAAGAGUUCAGAGUGUAUGAAAUGAACCAAACACUGGAGCAAAUUAGGUCGAUGAUAGAUCAAGAAGAGGAUGAUGAGGAAUCUGUCCACGAAAACGCGCAAUCACAGAUUACUAUCGAAAUCCGAGACGUACCAGAUGACUGCCCCUCACUGUCAUCCGCCGUAUCUCCAACCGAAGAUACCACAUUUUUGAGAGCCGAUGCUCCAAUAAUUAGACGGGGAACUUUCGGAGACGAGAUUGAGGAUAAUGAUGAUUGUUUUAUCUUCGGACAGACCACUGCUAUGUCUUGUGGCUCCAUGCUCGAGGCUGAUGACUUGAAGAGUGAGAGACGGCCAUCACUCCGGGUCAUUGUACAAUCAUUUCUCUUGCCAUCGCCACCAGAAACUCCAGUUCUUUCCGAGGGUGAAGUUAAGCAUGGAGGUGCCCCAGAUAACACGAAUAACGAUCAAUUCUUCAGAAGCUAUUAUGAAGAGAACACCCCCGCAAGCUCCACUCGAGCAGAAAAAUUCGAAUUCACGCCUUUAGCAGAACCGUUACAAGAAAUACCACAAGCGAAUCUCCUAUUUCCACAGCUUGAGACAACUCCACCAAUCCCAACUAGAUCGCCUCUGCGAUCCAGAUCCGCAAAUUCCACCUCAUCUCGCCUAGAAAGCGCGCCCUUCAUUCCAGUCACACCACCUUCACCCAUAUCACCCAUAACCAACCCAUCUCACGGCCAUAGCAAAAACUCAUCUUGCUCCUCUAUGAGCGCACCCUUCAUUGUGUCGCGCAACUCUCCGUGUCAAUCACCAACAACAACCACACCUCUAAAACCCUAUGUUUUCAACAUGCCAAACUACUCCAAACCCUACUCAUACACAAACACCAACCCAUCACCGCCCAAAAUCAGCUCUCCAACCCCAACCUCACCCUUCUCUGCUCAAAAGCGUCCAAAAUUUCUCACCACCUCGUACGCAGACGACAACUACGACUACUUCACCGCCUCCCUAAACCUCACACCCUAUGCCAUCUCUUACGAAACCCUGAAAUCCGACGGUCCACCCCCGCGCACAUCCCACUCCACGCGUCCAAGCUCACGCAGCGCAUCCUCCUUCAGUCUCUCCAACUACGACCGCUCAUCCAUGGAAAGCCUCACCUACCGCACCAGCCACCUGCGCGAGGAAUGGAACGGCUCCGACGUCUGCGGUCUGUGCCGUCUUGCGCGUGGUGAUGGCGCAUGCGAGUGUUCGUGGGCGGGGAGUGAUGUUGGUCUUGAUAGUGACGAUGAGGAGGAGGAGAAGGGGAGAAGGAAGAGUUCGGGGGUUAGGGGGUGGAUGAAACGGACUUUUACCAGGAAGGCGAAAGGGAGGAGGGCUACUACUGAUGGGACUCAGAGAGAGAGUGAGAGGGCUUUUGGUGUGGGGUUGGGAUUGGGGUUGAGGAGGAAGAGUGAAUAG